AUGUCGAUAUCGACAGGGGCCAAGCCUCUUGUGCUCCAUGCUCACGCACGAGGGCCGAAUCCGAUCAAGAUCGCAAUAGCAAUGGAAGCCUUGGGCGUCAACUACGUGGUGCAUUUCUGGGAGUUUGGAGACGAUGCCGCACACGGCGUGAAGGGCGAGAAGUUCCGCAAGCUCAACCCAAACGGCCGCGUUCCUGCCCUAGAAGACCCCCGGACGGGCGUGGUGUCCUGGGAGUCCGGGGCUUGCAUGAACUACAUCCGGCGCGUCUACGACCAGGAGGGGAAACUCGGUCCGGUCAGUCAGACGGAGCAGGACCGAGUGGAUUUCGAGAAAUGGGAAUACUUCCUGCUGACCACCUUGGGUCCUAUGACGGGGCAGACGAACUGGUACCGCCACUACAACCCAGUGCCGAACGACGAUGCCUUGAAUCGCUACAGGCAGCAAACAUUACUAUACUACGACGUGCUUGAAUACCAGCUGAGCAGGACCGGGGGGACGUCCAUCCUGCCUGGCCGGGUCACUGCGGUGGACUACCAUUACGAACCGUGGGUGCGACAGCAUGGAUUCGCAGGCCUGAGCCUUACUCGACACCCCAACAUCGAAAAGUGGUUGGACACAAUGGGAGCGAGAGAUGAAGUGAGAGCCGCCUACAGGAAAAUCAUGGACUCUGAACCACCGAAAUACUCUUGA